GUGGCCGGCCGGGACGCACGGACCAUGUUGGCGUGUCUGCAGCGGACCCAGAACCCGCCGGGCCAGCACCUCGCCUGUGCCACCAAGGGCCUGGAGCCGCGCAAGGGUAAGUGCGAGCCGGCGGCCUCCAUGCAUUCCCCGCGCUACCCCAGCCCCGCCGAGCUGGACGCCUACGCACAGAAGGUGGCUCACAGCCCGCUCACCAUCAAGAUCUUCCCCACCAACAUCAGGGUCCCACAGCACAAGCACCUUAACCGGACGGUCAACGGCUACGACACCACGGGCCAGCGCUACAGCCCCUACCCGCUGCACGCCAGCGGCUACCAGGGGCUGCUGGCCAUCGUCAGGGCCUCCGGCAAGAGCGUGGUGAAGAACUCGGAGGGCAAGCGGACUAAGCUCUCGCCCGCCCAGGUCGGCAUCGCUCCGUACCCGCCCGCAAGCACUUUAGCCCCGGGGCCGUCGUGCGCGGGGCAGCUGCUCUACCACGGCCCCAAGGCCAUGGAGGGCCCGGCGGCGCCCGGUGCCGCCUCGGCGCUGCCGCUGCCGUCGCGGGCGCUGCCGCUGCCGCAGCCCAACCUGCCCUCCAUCCAGAGCAUCAUCUACCAGCUGAACCAGCAGUGCCAGGCGCCGGGCGCGCAGCCGGGCUGCCCGGCCGGCGGCAGCCCCGCCAAGCACGGCGCCUUCGCCUACGCCGAGUGCCGCAAGGGAGCCGAGGCCAAGGCGGGCGCCUACGGCGGCGACGGCGCCGACUACCUGCUCUGGCAGCAGAAGCCGCCGCAGCCGCCGCCGCCACCGCCGCCGCACGCGCGCGGCUACAGCAAGUCCCCCGAGAGCUGCGCGGGCGCCGCGCGCGCCUACGGGCCGCCGGGCGCCGCCGACAAGCUGGGCUCGUCGCCCUUGAACUGCGUGCCGGGAGCCGUGGCGCCCGGGCCGUACGCGGCGCCGCCCUGGAACAGCGUCUUGGUGACCCCCACGAGCGACGGCUUCCAGGCGGCCGAGGCGGCGCCGGGCAAGACGCUGGGCAGCGCCGCGGCGCUCAGCAGCAGCCUCCAGUCCCUCGAGUAUCUCAUCAACGACAUCCGGCCGCCCUGCAUCAAGGAGCAGAUGCUGGGCAAGGGCUACGAGACCGUGUCUGUGCCAAGGCUCCUGGAUCACCAGCACGCGCACAUCCGCCUGCCCGUCUACAGAUAAGGAGGGCACGCGCCCGGGGAUGCCGGCGCCCGGGCCCGCCGGCUGCCCCCGGCGAGGAAUGCUUGUUUGUAUAGCUCAGAAAUCAUUUUAUUUCCACGAAUGUGAACAGGGAAUCGCUACC